CACAAUCUGCUGCGUCACUAAUGUUUGUCUAGAUAGCUCCCCCGUGUCACUUCUCUCGCUGCCUCUAGCACACUGUCCCAUCUCUCUCUCUCUCUCUCUCUCUCUCUCACUCUCUUCACUCUUCUGUGAUUCUGCAAGAGAACCUUUUUCUGGCCUCCAUUGAUACCCUCCAAAGCUCUAUACCGCUAAUCCCUGUUAACCUUUGUCUGAGCAGUAAUGGCCGUUAUAGUGCUUGGAAUGCUGAUGUUGGUAAUGACUGGCCAUGCUAGCUGCACAUGGUGUGUUUGCAAGGAUAUGUCUGAUGCAGUCCUUCAAAGGACUUUGGACUAUGCUUGUGGAGCUGGGGCUGAUUGUGGUCCUACCCAUUCAAAUGGUGCUUGUUACCAACCUAAUACCGUGAAGGCCCAUUGCUCUUACGCUGUUAAUAGCUAUUUCCAAAAGAAGGGCCAAGCUCAAGGCUCUUGUGAUUUUGCAGGCACAACUACCAUUUCUACAUCUGAUCCUAGUUAUAGUGGCUGUUCUUAUCCGGCUACCGUCAGUGCUGCAGGGACUAGCACAACUACUCCAACUCCAGUCACCACAAAUCCAUCUACCACCACACCUUCAAACGCCACCCCAUCCAACGCCACACCAACAAUCACUACUCCAUACACUACAACACCAUCCAAUGGAGUCUUGGGAGGCAUUGGCAAUGGUGUAAGUCCAACAGGAGCUGGAAUAAACACAGACAUCAGUGAUGGUGGGUUCAGAGUGCCAAACACUAGCUGGUUCUCUUUCUUUGUAACCUUCUUGAUCUUAGGCUUGAUGCUUUUGUGGGGUUGAAGAUGCAAAAGUGUGGCCAAAAUGGUGGUUGCUUAGGUGGGGUAGGGUACUGCGAUUGAUGCUGGAUAUUAAUGUGCAAUUGUAUGCAUGUGAUUCUGCUGUUCGUUUAUCUAAGAAACAUGCUAGCUAAGUUUUUGUUUGUUUCUUCUCUCUUAUUAGGGCAAAAAAAUGGCCUUCUUAUUCCCUUUGGGUA